AUGUGUGAGAACUUAAUCAUUUCAGACAUCCAUUCUUUGGACAAGGGCCAAGCAUGCACGAUCCUUGCUCAGAUUGCACGCGUCGAGAAAAAGACCUUUCCCACGAAUGAGGCGUUUCCAUUUGGUGAGGAGCUCUGGAGGAAGAAGCCUAACACGAGGGUAUUGUACGUGACCAACGGACCAUUAGGUACUGGCCCGUCGUUGCUCGCCUAUGCGGUCUACGUUCGACAAAAGGGAGCGGCUUUGCUGCACAAAAUCUGUGUUGCGGAGUCAUAUCGCCGGAAAGGUGUUGGGAUGCAGCUCAUGAAGUAUAUCCAAGAGCGACUGCAGAAAGAGGGCUGCCAGUUCAUCCAGUUGUGGGUCGAUAAGGCCAGGGACCCUGCUCGAUCUCUGUAUGUGCGGAAUGGGUUUGAGGAACGCGAAGAAAUCCCCGACUACUACGCGCCUGGGCGCUCCGGAAUUCGAAUGAUUCUCGAGCUCGAAGGUGGCUCCUGA